GCAAAAUGUCUCGACGCUCAGAUAAUUCCGCUGCUCAUCCCUUUCAGUGCAGUCAUCCAGGAUGCAGUGCGGCCUACCAACGCAAAGAACACCUAAACCGGCACUUGGCCCAUCACAGUCAAGGGGCCCGUUCAUCCUGUCCUUACUGUGACAGCACCCUAGCUAGAAGCGAUCUUCUCCGCCGCCAUAUAAAGAACUACCACCCGGAAAAGCAGGCCCCGCCGUCUCGCGCCCAAAAGGCCUGCAGCGCCUGCCAUGCUCGAAAGGAACGAUGCGAUGGCGGAUACCCAUGUAGUCGUUGCCAGCGGCGGGGGGUUACCUGCUCGUAUACUCGCUUAGAGACUGCUUGUGAGAGACAAGCGGACUUCAGCGCGGAUUUAACCGCGUCAGUUCCCAGCUCUUCACGCUGGAUUGCUCAGGAUUAUAUCGAUAUUUACUUCGACGAGUUUCACCCCAUCUGGCCAUUUCUGUUUCGAGCCACAUUCAAGCCAUCGGAGGAGCCUUGUGUGCUACUGCAGUCAAUGGCCAUGAUGGGGCUUUGGAUAAAGGGGUUUGUCAAUUGUCAUUAUACCCUAACACGAAGUAAACUUGCUGAUGGCUGUAUGAAGUCUCAAUGGUAUAUGCCCGAAACAGUGAGCCCCGACGAGCACACGCCCUGGCCCAUACCGACAUACCAAAGCAUUCUUCUCCAACUUAUAUUCGCUCUUCUUAUAGCGAAGCAAGAGAGCACUCUUGAUCUGAAUCUUCGCUUUCAGCUCCCAGACGAAAAAUACAAACUCCUCACUUCCCUUGUGGAGACCUGCCGGCAGGUCGGGUUGUUCAACUACCCAAAUAUGCUGGCCAGAUUCCAUCCUUCUGCCCCCAUCGCGCUUAUCUGGGUGAGUGUCGAGGAAAUUAAGCGAUUUGGAUUAGCAUUAUACAAACUGUGCCGAAUGUGUACUCGCACCAGUUUGGCAGACAAAGGUGGCAGCAGCCGUGGUUUGAGGAGCGAGCUUCUCACCCUGGCGGACUUGGACUUUUGCAUGCCGGACAGCGACGAAAUAUGGAACGCCCCUCCAAGUAGUGGUACUGAAUGGUUCCGAAGUACUGCCUUGCAGCAGAGCUGCAGGGAUAAUCGGGACCCAGACGGGUGGAUAUCGCAGACAGCGGUGAAGUUGCAUGAUGAGCACGUUGGGCUUGACUGGAUAUAACUAUAUAAAGUUCUA